UUGAGACUACAUUACCCAAGGAGCCUCUUCGCUAGACAGGACGUUCACUGUGAUUGGAAACUGUAGUUAGCCAAUGACAGUACAGUUUGUUGGUAUGCUAGAGCUACAGUGACAAUACAGCAAAAUGGUGCUGGAAAGUACUAUGGUCUGUGUGGACAACAGUGAGUACAUGAGAAAUGGGGACUUCUUGCCAACCCGUCUACAAGCCCAGCAGGAUGCUGUCAACAUAGUGUGCCAUUCAAAAACUCGUAGUAACCCUGAAAAUAAUGUGGGCCUCAUUACCCUUGCAAAUAAUUGCGAGGUAUUAACAACAUUGACCCCAGAUACUGGAAGAAUCCUAUCUAAACUCCACUCUGUGCAGCCCAUUGGGAAGAUCAGCUUCUGUACAGGAAUCCGCAUAGCACAUCUAGCUUUAAAGCAUCGUCAAGGAAAAAAUCAUAAGAUGCGGAUUAUUGCCUUUGUGGGAAGUCCUGUGGAAGAUCUUGAAAAAGAUCUGGUAAAAAUGGCAAAACGUCUGAAGAAAGAAAAAGUCAGCGUGGAUAUUAUAAAUUUCGGAGAGGAGGAAUCUAACACAGAGAAACUUACGGCUUUUAUCAACACUCUGAAUGGGAAGGAUGGAACUGGCUCCCAUUUGGUGACUGUGCCCCCUGGACCCAGUUUGGCAGAUGCACUGAUUAGCUCUCCAAUUUUGGCUGGGGAGGGGGGAGCAAUGCUGGGCCUGGGUGCCAGUGACUUUGAAUUUGGGGUGGAUCCUAGCGCUGAUCCAGAGCUGGCUUUGGCUUUACGUGUCUCCAUGGAGGAACAGAGGCAACGACAGGAAGAAGAAGCCAGAAGGGCAGCUGCAGCAUCAGCCGCUGAGGCUGGUAUCUCCUCCACAGCCCCUGAUGAUUCUGAUGAAGCUUUGUUGAAGAUGACAAUCGGCCAGCAGGAGGGAGGCCGGAGCGGCCUGCCAGACUUCAGCAGUAUGACGGAGGAUGAGCAGAUUGCAUACGCUAUGCAGAUGUCCUUACAAGGACCUGAAUUUGGGCAAGCGGAAUCAGGUGACCUGGACUCAAGUGCUGUAAUGGAUACUUCAGAACCAACAAAGGAGGAGGAUGAUUAUGAUGUUAUGCAAGAUCCUGAGUUCCUGCAGAGCGUUUUGGAAAAUUUGCCUGGUGUGGAUCCUAAUAAUGAGGCCAUCCGGAAUGCAAUGGGGUCCCUGGCUUCCCAGACCUCUAAAGACAGCAAGAAAGACAAGAAGGAGGAGGAGAAAAAAUGACAGAGGCUGCGCUGAGGCGCUGGCAUAAACAAACUCACUAUACAUGGGUAUUUGGGAGGGGGUAGCUUCUGGCAUGUUUUGUUUUUGGUUGUAGUUGUUAAUAAAACACACACAUAUACUUUCA